AAACAACAUCAGCUGACAAUGGCAGAAGUCGACGUAUUUUCCUUUUAAUGGUCGUAGUUUGAAGCUAAAGCAGAUAAACAUGGGUAACCAGCUUGCAGGCAUUGCUCCAUCGCAGAUAUUCCCUGUGGAAACGUACCUGUCUGAUUUGCCAGAUGUUACGUAUGAAACUAGCUUAGGCAGCACUCGCUUUUUCAAAGUUGCAACAUGUCAGACUUGGGAAGGCUUGGUAGUUGUGAAAGUAUUUGUGAUUCACGACAAUUCAUUGCAACUGAACAAGUACAAGAAAAUGGUCGAAGAAGUGUCAACCAAGUUAAUAACCGCAGCAAAUUGUCUUCAGUUUCAUUAUGUGCGAGUGACAGAGAAAGCAGCAUUCAUGAUCCGACAGUAUGUGAAGAGUAACCUGUAUGACAGAAUAUCCACACGCCCUUUCUUGACUCCAAUAGAGAAGAAGUGGCUAGCAUUCCAGCUCCUGUGUGCACUGAACCAAGUCCAUCAACAAGAAGUUUGCCACGGAGACAUUAAGCUAGAGAAUGUCAUGGUGUCCUCAUGGAAUUGGCUAUUACUUGCCGAUUUUGCCACAGUGAAGCCCACCUUGCUCCCCGAGGACGACCCAGCGAACUACACCUACUUCUUUGAUACUUCGCGCAGAAGAAUUUGUUAUAUCGCGCCUGAGAGGUUUAUUAAGACUGUACAAAGGGAUGCACAGCAGUUACUUCUAAUGCCAGUAAAGGAUACAGGAACUCUCACGCCUGCCAUGGAUGUAUUUUCAGCUGGAUGUUGUCUGGCAGAACUCUUCACUGAAGGUUGUGCGCCCUUUGAUUUAACGCAGCUCCUGGCAUACCGUGUGGGAGACUAUUAUCCCACCAAGGUCCUGGAUAAAAUUGAUGAUCCUAGAGUUAGGUCAUUGGUGGAGCACAUGAUCCAGAAAGAUCCCGAGAGCAGACACACCGUCGCAGAGUACCUGGAGCAGGAGCGAGGGACGACAUUCCCACAGCACUUCUACACAUUCCUCUGGCCCUUCCUCAAGCAGUUUGCUGUCACUCCCAUAAUGCCAGAUGAUGACAGAAUCAAGCAAGUAUGAGUGAUAUCCUGAUAGCAUUAGGAGCUGAAGAUGAGAAUGAUAAGGAAGUGGACAAAGAAGACGAUUCGGAGAAGAAAGACAAAGAGAAACCUGAAAGGAAGUGUGAAGCUCUCAUCAUCAUAGCGUCACUGAUCACCUCGUCAAUUCGGGCCCUUCAUUUUAUAUCUUCCAAGUUAGAUGCCCUAGAGUUACUCGGAAAAGUGUCCCAUUACGUUCCUGACGAAAUCAUUUUAGAUCGUAUUUUGCCAUACACUUUCCACCUUCUCCAUGAUAAUGAGCCUAGAGUGCGGGUUUUUGCUCUCCACACCGUCACGCACUGCCUCACUCUCGUCUCAUCGAUCCCCAGAUCAGAUGUCAACAUAUUCCCCGAAUACAUCUUGCCAAACCUAGCUGAUAUUACUCAAGAUGAGGCUGUGAUUGUGAGACAGGCCUAUGCAGAAAAUAUUGCUACCAUCGCUGAGACCGCAUUAAGAUUUCUCGAGUACAGCCAACUCCAAGGCAUGAUGACAUCCUACAGUUAUGAAACAGAAUUGGCAACUCUGCAAGAAGUUAUUCAACAAAAAGUAGCAACCAUGUUCUCCGACCCGUCUAACGUGGUGAAGCGGACAUUGAUGGAGAAAACAGUAACCAAGUUGUGUGUGUUUUUUGGAAAGCAAAAAGCAAAUGACGUUCUGCUGUCCCACAUGAUCACCUUCCUGAACGACAAGCAUGACCGCCACCUGCGCAUGUCCUUCUUCACAAGCAUUGUUGGCGUUGCUGCGUACAUUGGGUGUCAUUGCGCUGACAUUCUCAAACCACUUCUCCUUCAGGGAUUGAGUGAUGCUGAGGAAUCCGUGGUGGUGGCAGCCAUUGAGGCCAUGACAGCACUGACAGAACUAGGCCUCUUCCCGACUUAUCUGCAGUGUGACCUCUUGGCUCAUACUGCACCUUUGCUCAUCCACCCAAACCUCUGGAUAAGACAGGCUGUGGUGGCCUUAGUCGGUGUGGUUGCCAGGUUGCUGCCGCUGGUCGACGUACAGACUGCGGUGGUGGCAAGAGUCCAGCCUUUCUUGGUCCGGCCUCUCCUGCAAAUGCACAGAGAAGUAUGCAUCCUCUCGUGCCUGCGUCCACCAAUAUCGCGCGAGGUGUACGAUGCCUUGGUUCGCAGCGCUGACGUGGGCCAGGUGCUCUCACUUCUUCAAGAAGCUCAGCAGCAGAAGGUUCCUUUAGCCCAGCUUCCAACUACACUCUCGCACCUGGACCAUCCCACCAGGAAUCUGUUGCGUCGACUGGUUGGCGGAGGUUUGGUUGAAGAGAACGUAGAGCAGCUUCUCCUGAUGCGCGAUCACCUCACAAGGCUGCAGAGACAGAAGAAAGCAACAGAGGCAACUAGAAAUAGCUUGCAGCAGCAACAGGUCGCUGGAUUGAUAAACUUGGAGGAUUUGAAGAAGCAGCCUCCAACCCAUCACUGUAGUCUGUUACCUGAAGAUGGCUCAGUAGAUAUCUCAACACUCAGUCUAUCCCAAAAGGGAAUGAUUCAGUCCCCAAGUAUGACUAUGAACGAAGAAUGGCAAGCAAUGUUUGGCAUGGCAGAAGAUCGGGUAUCACCCAACAGAACAGCUGAUAACAGGUCGGUAUCACCCACGGAACCUGACCCAAGUGCCCAUGCCUCCUCCACUCCAGCUGCUAAACUGCCCCCAUCAGAUGGAGGAGAAAAGGGUAUUAUCAAAUGUGUAUCCAGUUGCAAGUCAGAGCUAGAGAGCCUAAUUGCAACCAAACGUGAGGAACACCUGGUGUGUGUUAAGAAGAAGCGUGCAUUGGACACCCUUGCUUGGGAUACACGUUUGCCUCCUCCUGGGUGGAGACCAAGGGGGCACUUGGUUGCACACUUGCAUGAGCAUCGGGGAGCAGUAAAUAGACUUGUCCCUGUGGGAGACACUUCAAUAUAUGUCAGCUGUUCUAAUGAUGGGACUGUUAAAGUUUGGGAUUGCAAUCGCAUUGAAAGGAAAUUCCCCAUUAAUAGGUCAAAGGCCACAUAUAACAGGCAGGGUGGAGUUAUUACCUCAAUUGCUCCUUGUAUUACUCACCAAAGUCUUGCCUCAGCUUCCAGUAAUGGCUCAAUACACGUUAUCAAGCUUGAUAAAAUGAGUCUUGUGAGUAGCAGACAGUUGAAUACAGAAGAAGAUGGAUAUGUGGUGGAUAUGAAUUAUUUUGAUACAGGUUGUCAGUCGGUGUUGACUUAUGCCACAGUCUACGGGUCCAUUGUGGGCUGGGAUCUCCGAGCUCCUGGCACGGCUUGGAAGUUAGAGAAUGGGCCAAGGAAAGGUGUUAUUACAUCAUAUACAUUGGAGGGAACUCAGAGUUGGCUAGCUGUUGGGACAAGCAGCGGCCACCAUGUGUGCUGGGAUCUGCGCUUCAUGCUGCCAAUAUCUACCAUUACUCAUCCAAGAGGAGCUGGUGUGCGUCGAGUGAGUAUGCACCCAAAGGAAGGAUCAUGGGUGGUGUCUGCUGUGAAUGGCAACAAUGAGAUAUCUAUGUGGGACAUGGAAACGCAGUCAAGACACAUGACGCUCUGGGCUAGUCCGAAACCACCGUUGUCUAUGACACAGCUAUGCAACAACAGCGUAUGUGGCAUGUAUGUCAGCCAAGGGGACAGAGGACCCUAUGUACUGGCAGGAGGAACUGACGGCAGGCUUCGCUACUGGGACCUCUGUGAGCCUGAAUCCUCAUAUAUUGUGUGCUAUGCUGCUAAUGAUGCAUAUCAGCAGUGGCCAAUAUCUUACAGUUCACGGGUUGUUGAUGGAACAGAAGUCAUUGUAGAGACCCCAAACAAGCCCCGCACAGCUCCCUCCAGCAGUGACGACACACCGAAGCGUGGCCCAGACCAGCCCCCACCCGGCCACAAGGACAUCAUCACAGACGUGAUCGUCAUGAACGAGCCUCAGCGACUAGUCAUUUCCUCAGGGAGAGAUGGAACAAUAAAGAUGUGGAAAUAGUUGGUGGUUGUGUUGAAGUUAAUAUUAGGUACAC